UCUCCUUCCCUUUCUCAUAGUUCUCUUGGCCUCAAUUGUUGGGUGCCAUGCUUAUUUGGUGAUUCUGUCUAUUUGGCUAUAGGUAGUUUCUCGGUCGCUCUCUACAUUUCAUAUUUUCAACAUGUCGUCCCCUUCGCCCUCUCUGCGGAAGAGAGGCGGAAAGAAGGAUGUUUACACCGCAUUGCCUCUCUGACGAUACCUCGACUCCCGUGUCGGUGCCGGUCAAACAGAAGUCGGAAUGGGACUAUUGGCUGGCCAUAGUGAUUCUCACCCUUCUGGCUUUCGCGACACGGUUCUACCGCCUCGAUUACCCCAAUGAGGUUGUAUUCGAUGAGGUUCAUUUCGGCAAGUUCGCUUCUUACUACCUUCAACGUACCUAUUUCUUCGAUGUGCACCCGCCUUUUGGAAAGCUGUUGUUUGCCCUCAUGGGUUGGCUCGUGGGCUUCGAUGGAAGCUUCCUGUUUGAGAACAUCGGCGACUCUUACAUCGAAAACAAUGUGCCCUACCUCUCCCUCCGUGCCAUGCCGGCUACUCUCGGUGCCUUGACAAUUCCCGUGGUGUUCCUCAUCAUGUGGGAGUCUGGCUACUCCCUGCCAGCGUGUGUGCUGUCUGCUGGUCUGAUGGUGUUUGAUAACGCCCACGUGGGUGAGGACCGCCUGAUCCUUUUGGACGCGACCCUAGUUCUGUCAAUGGCACUCAGUAUUUUGUGCUACGUCCGUUUCUACAAGUUGCGUCACGAACCGUUCGGCCGGAAGUGGUGGAAAUGGCUUCUCCUGACCGGCUUCUGCAUGAGUUGUGUCAUCUCCACCAAAUACGUCGGUUUCUUCACUUUCGUGACCAUCGGCGCGGCGGUCCUCAUUGACCUGUGGAACCUCCUGGAUAUCAACCGCGAGCAGGGAGCGCUGAGUAUGAUCAGCUGGGGCAAGCAUUUUAUUGCUCGCGCUGUUGGAUUGGUCAUCAUCCCCUUCAUGUUCUACUUGUUCUGGUUCCAGGUCCACUUCGCUAUUCUCAACCGGUCUGGCCCCGGUGACGACUUCAUGACCCCUGAGUUCCAGGAGACUCUGAGUGACAACCAGAUGACCGCUCAGUCCGUUGGCAUUCAAUACUUCGACACCAUUACCAUGCGCCACAAGGACACUAAGGUCUUCCUCCACAGCCACUGGGAUAAGUACCCCCUGCGUUAUGACGACGGCCGUAUUUCCAGCCAGGGCCAGCAGGUCACUGGCUAUCCCCACAACGACACCAACAACCAGUGGCAGAUCCUGCCGGCCGAGCCUCUGGCAGAUCCGUCUGAGCCCAAGAGCGUGCGCAAUGGCGACAUCAUCCAGCUCCGUCACAUUGGAACCGAGAGUUAUCUCCUGACUCACGAUGUUGCAUCUCCCUUCUUCCCCACCAACCAGGAGUUCACUACAGUCUCCCAAGAAUUGGCUGAUGGUGAGCGCCACAAUGACACCCUGUUCGAGCUCAAGAUCGAGUCGGGCAAGACUGCUCAGGAGUUCCGUACUCUUGCUAGCUUGUUCAAGCUGGUCCACGUCCCAACUCGGGUCGCUUUGUGGACACACACAACCCCUCUGCCAGAGUGGGGUUACAAGCAGGCUGAAAUUAACGGUAACAAGAAUAUCCUCCAGUCCAGCAACAUGUGGUACGUAGAGAACAUCGAGAACUUGGCGGAGGAUAGUCCUCGCCUGGUCAAGGAGGAGCGUAAGGUCAAGACCCUGCCUUUCCUGCGCAAGUACUUUGAGCUGCAGGGUGCCAUGUUCCACCACAACAACGCUCUGACCAGCAGCCACCCCUAUGCCACCGAGCCCUUCCAGUGGCCUUUCCUGUUGCGGGGUGUGAGCUUCUGGACUAAGAACGAUACUCGUGAGCAGAUCUACUUCUUGGGUAACCCCAUUGGAUGGUGGAUUGCCAGUAGUAUUCUGGCCGUGUUUGCCGGCGUUGUUGGUGCUGACCAGCUUUCACUUCGCCGUGGUGUUGAUGCGUUGGAAGAAAUUUGGGGCCCCGGUACGCGUUCGCGUCUGUACAACAGCACCGGUUUCUUGUUCCUGUGCUGGGCUGCGCACUACUUCCCCUUCUGGCUGAUGGGUCGCCAGCGCUUCCUGCAUCACUACCUGCCCUCGCACCUGGCGUCCACCAUGGUGUGUGCCGCUCGAUCCCCGCACUGCACUUCCCCUGUGGAUGAUCCCUCGGGCAAGUCUAAGGCGCGGUCUCUCAGCAGCCUGCGACGGUUCAUCACCGCCAAGGAACGCAUGGGCUGCAGGUCGCUCAUCGCAGGCUGGAUUGCCACACUUAUCAUUCUGGCUGCCACCAUCUGGGGCUUCAUCUUCUAUGCGCCCUUGACUUACGGUACCCCCGGCCUCGAUGUGGCGGGCGUCAAUGCGCGCAAGUGGCUGAACUACGACCUGCACUUUGCCAAAUAA